CUCGUUGCUUUAUUGCCUUUUUGUGGCGUCUGUUUCAAUUUGUUUGUUUUCAAUUGUUGGUCAUAAGUUGGAUCCCCAAAAUGAAUCGACGCAACAAGCGGACGUCGUACUACCAAUACGAAGUAUACCUAGACUUCAUGGAGGAGAAUCCCCUGAUGUCGGGCAACAAACUGAGUCGCACCCAGGACGGCAAGAAGUGGAAGGAGCUCAGCGAUCUGCUAAACAAGUGCCCCACGGGUCCCACUAUGUCGCCCGAGGAAUGGCGAAAGCGCCUCAACGACUGGAAGAACAGCACGCGCUCCAAGUACCGACGCAGCAUCAAUUCGGAUGACAAGAGCAAUGCAAUGACUCCUCUGGAGAACAGAGCCCUGCAGAUCUUCUCCUUAGAACCGAAUUUUCGCGAGGUUUCGAUGCGCCUGCAGGACAUGAUGGAGGAGGAAGAGGAACAGGAUAAAGAGAUUGUGGAAGAGAAUGAGAAUAUGGAGGAGUUUUUUGAGGAGGAGGAUGAGGAGGAGCAGUACCAGCAGUUCAUAGCGGAGCCUCACGAGCAAGCCAACCCAACGGUCAUCAAUGGUCAUAGUGCCGCGAAAAAGCUAAGGCUCGAUGGCGCCAGUGAGAUUAUCUACGAAGUCUCGGAUGUCACAUCUGAACAAUCUGCCGCGAAAGAACCGUCUGCCUUCUAUAGUGAGAAAAUUCAGGAGCAGCUGAAACGCAUUUCGGACAUACACGAGGCAUCGCUGCACUUUAAGAUAGCCCGGUUCCAGUACAAGAAUCCCGGAUUCGAGUUCGUUCCGGAAUUAUAGCCCAGUUCGAUCUGCUAGCCAUGCACAUAAUAUAAUAAUGUGUAUAAUGUAAUAUAAUAUGUGAGCUCAGAGGGACCUGCUGAUUUCGCCUCGAAUUAAAAGACGCGGAACGUUCAAUGAGUACAGUAGGCAUUCGUUGAAAACAAAUUCUUGAGUAGUGUGUACGUUAUACCAAUUAGUCGUUUUUAAGACUGUUGUUUUCAUAUCGUUCGACGAAAUACUUUUUGCACAUAUAUUUUGAAAUGUAUUAAUGACUUAUAUGAAACCGCUAAUAAAUAUUGGGAAGAAUCA